CGUUCCGCCGGGGCCGGGACCAGGCCGGCCGCUGGAAGGACGGGCGGCUGCAGGAGGAGCCGCCCCCGCCGCCCCCCGAGCCCCUCCCCGGGCGCUCCCGACCCCGGGGCCGACGCGCGGAGCUUCUACGAGAGCCUGAUCGCCGAGGGGGAGGCGCGGAGCCCCCCUCAGAGCCCCCGCAAGCGCCCCCGGGACCUUUCGGGAGAGGGGAAGGAGCCGCCCAGCCCCUCGGACCCCCCCCACUUCUGCCGCAGCUGCGGAGCCUCGUUUCGCGACCCCCCCGCGCGGCACCGCCGCUCCACCGCGCACCUGCUGGGACUGGAGGGGCCGCCCGCGCCCCCCCCGCUGCACAUCCCCCCCUCCAACCCGGGCUACCGCCUGCUGCUGCGGGGGGGGGUGGGCGGGGGGCGGCCUGGGCCGGGGGGCCGCGGGCGGCGGCUGCCGGUGCCCACCGAGCUCAAGCGGGACCGGGGUGGGCUGGGCUGGGGGCCGGGGUCGCGGCCCCGCGUCACCCACUUCGGGCCGGGGACGCGGCGGCCGUGGCGGGGCCCCCCCCCGCGGGCGGGGGGCGAGGGGGGCAAAGCGGGGCGCGGGGGGGGGUCCCGGUUCCGCUCCGAGGCGGCGGCGCGGGCCUGGGAGAUCCGACUGAGGGAGUACAUGGAGCGCUGGGACCCUCCGGAGCUCCCGCCCCGAGCGAGCCGGGACCCCCCCCUGAGCCCCCCCAACCCUCCCCGAGCCCCCUUGAGCCCCCUUCACCCCCCCCCCACCGGCCCCGCCAGCCGCCUCCCAGAGACCCCCGUGGAGGAAUUUGGGGUGGAAAGCCGCGUUUCCGGCCCCACGGUGAGUCUGGGGGGGUUCGGGAGGGGCUCGGGGCCCCCGCUGGGGCUGCGGACCCCCGAAAACUGGGAGGGGGUCCCUCCCCCAGUGUCCCUCAAGGCUGACGUGGUCCUCCGCUCCGCCAGGGGGCGGCACAACGGCCUGGAGCUGCUUCCGCCCUGA